UAUACGUCUCUUGCUCAAGGUGUCUUUCCGAAAGGAGUCGCCGUCUCCUGCGCAACAGGGGAAGCUCAACUCUGCGUCGAAGAGAAAAGCGAAGCCAUGGUGGAUUAUCGCCGCAUGGGAAACAUGGUGCAGCACUUGGGGAAUACAACGUCAGUAACCUCCAUGCAUCAUCUAAGAGAACUGUGGAACAGCCCAAGGGGGACAGUACUCCGUAUCCAGGCAUUGGCAGUUGUGGCCAUUCUCAUCACUUUCUUCCUUGCUGCUUUUGGGUCAUGCCGUCGCUGGUCCAAUCGCUGGAUAGUCCAAAAGGGCUUUUUUGCCGCACAUGUAUUAUCUCUGUCUCUUGGGACCUACAGCAUUGGUCUAAUGCAAUCUUCGUCGGUGAAGAGCGAGAUGUAUCCCAUCUGGGCAGUGUCUUUGUUCACCCUUUUUGGCUGCAUUGAUCCAGUUACCGCGUACAACGGUCUUGACUACAAGGGCCCGCUCUCAAAGAUGGUAUUUGGGAUUUUCCUCAAUUGUGGAUAUGUCUUGCUGAUGAGUAUCUCAACCAUCUCCAGUGUUGUUGGUAACACGGCCAUCGGCGGGAUAGCUGCCAUCACUUUCAUCAAGGGAUUUCAUAGGUCACUGGCUCUUAUGCAACAAAGCAGAAUGCGAAACAUGGUGCAAAUUAUGGAUGAAGGUCCGGAGCAAAUAUAUGUUUUAAAAAAUUACCCCGACAUGUUUGAAUUAUAUGAACUACAAUGGAUGAUCGUCGAUUUUGGCACUGAUUUUGGCACGACGUCGACGUUUGUCAGUUUUGAUAGAAUAGAAGAGCUAUUAAAGAUAAACAAGUAUCAGUGGCUACGACAGCCCUGUUACGAUGUGUGCGUUGCCAUGUUUCUGUCUCAUAGGUUGCAACGGCAUUUUCUUGGGUUGAGCGAUCGUGUGCCAGAUCCGCAACAACUGAAGAACAUUGGCUGCAACUGGGCCUGGGCCUUGAAGGUGAUUGAGAUUGAGUUGGCUCUUCUGUUCGAUGUCUUCUUCACUGGUAAUCCAUUCCUUCACUACUACCAGGCGAAAACUGCUAGUUUAUGGGCAUUGGCUUCAUUUAUUGGGAUAUGUUUUGUGGGGAUCUUGUUAUCACUUUUGUCAUAUUGGUGUCCCUGGCUCUGUUGCAGUUGA